AUGGUGGGCAGCAUCAGACUUAUGGCUUUUGCUGAUGAUUUGGUGUUGGUUGGCGCCGGCAUUAGAACAAAGAGAGUGUGUAACGAGAUGAACCAAACUCUGGCAAACGUAGAAGAGUUCCUGUGGGACAAACAACUUGCCGUAGUGCCCAGCAAAACCAAGGCGAUGGGAUUUUCCAGAAGAAGAGUCAGAGUUUGGCCAAAUCUAAGCAUUCGAGGUGGUCCGGUUGAAUUUGUGCAGAGCCAUAGGUUUUUGGGAGUUCUCUUCGACGACAGGAUGAGUUGGAGUGAGCACAUCGGGGCCUUGGUCAGGUCUUGUUAUCAGGGGGUCAACAUCUUAAGAACCCUGGCGGGACUUGAUUGGGGUUGUGAUCCGAAGACGAUGUUAACAGUGUAUCGUGGCUUCGUUUUGUCCAGAUUGGACUAUGCAUUUGGACUAUAUUCGUUCUGUUCGAGGGCGCUCCUGGCUCAGCUGAAUAGAAUACAGAACCAAUGCCUGAGAAUUUGUCUGGGAGUCCUGCGAUCCACACCCAUUAAUGUUCUAUGUGUAGAGGAUGGAGUCUGCCCUUUGAGUAUCCGUCGAUCCGAACUAACAAGACGAUACAUGAUGAGAUGCAGAGCGAAUUUAACGUCGGCAACCGGAACGCGACUAGCCGAAGCUGCAAUCGAGUUUGAGGAGAAUCCGUUAAUAGAAUUCCCAUGCCCUGUCCAUACGGUGUCUCAUCCAAUCCGAGGACGUUGGCGUUUACAGAGCAAUACUAAAGUUUUUUAA